CCCACGUACUAAUGUUGAUGUUUGUUAAUAAAUUGUUGAUAGUUUGGAAAGCAAGCAGGGAGCCUCUUAAUUUCAUAUAUCUCUAGCCUAUUGGUGCUAGCUCUUCUCAUAAUUCUCCAAGUGAUCUCCAAAUUACUAGCGAGCAUUUCCUUAAACAAGUGUUUUUUUUCAAGUGUCCAAUGGUUCCCCUAAGCACUCAAAGAGCCUCAUCAUCAGUACCACCGUCUUCUUCCACUUCUCCAAGACCUCAAUGGACAUAUGAUGUUUUCCUCAAUUUCCAUGGCGAAGACACCGGCAAGAGUUUUACAGACCAUUUAUACACUGCUUUGGAAAAGAAAGGCAUUAUUGCCUUUAAAGACGACGAGAAACUUGAGCGAGGAAAGUAUAUUUCUCUAGAGCUCUUGAAAGCAAUACGUGAAUCCAUGUACGCCAUCCCCAUUAUCUCAAAAAACUAUGCUUCCUCAAGAUGGUGCUUGAUUGAACUUGCCCAAAUUGUUGAAUGCAUGAGAGAGACGGGUUUGACAGUUUUGCCUGUUUUCUACCAUGUUGAUCCCUCUGAGGUACGAAACCAGACUGGGGCUUUUGCAGAAGCUUUUGCUAGGCAUGAAGAAGACCCUAAUAUUGAUAUGGAGAAGAUGCAAACGUGGAGAGUUGCUUUGAAAGAAGUGGGCAACAUAUCUGGAUGGCAUUUUCAUCUUAGAGUUUAGGGAGUUUGAAACGCUUUGAUCUUAGCGGCUCUCAAAACUUGUUGGAGACACCAAACCUCACGGGAGUCCCAAAUCUUGAGACACUAGACCUUGAAGGUUGUACAAGUUUAUCUAAGGUCCACAAAUUCAUUGGUGUUCUCAAACGGCUUAGACGAUUGAAUCUACAUGCUUGCAAACGCCUUAAAAGCUUUCCAAAUGAGAUUAGGUUGGACAUUUUUAUCUUUCUGAUUGUUCAAGAUUUGAGAAGUUUCCAGACAUUGUGGGAAACAUGACUUCAUUGAGGUUACUUUAUUUGAAUGGUACUGCCAUAAAAGAACUACCCCUAUCAUUUAAGAAUUUACUUGGACUUUCCAUAUUGUCUUUACAUAAUUGCGAAAAGCUCUCAAUUUUCCCGAGCGUUAUUUGUGGUUUGUCAUCUCUUAAAAUUCUGGAUGUAUCUGAUUGCAUAGCACUUGGCGGAAUUCAAGACAUGAAUGGUGAGGGGUAUCUAGAACAAUUGUAUACAGGUGGAACUGCUACCAAAUUCACUAAGUUUUUCGCAGUGCCAGAGUUUUGUUCAAAUGCAUGCUCUACGCAAGAAAUGUUUAUGACCAAUGAUGACUCUAUUAGGGCCUUCUAUAUUGGUUAUGAUGACAAAGUCUACUACAUUAGAAGCUUGAAUGAAGAAAGUAAUUUGGAAACAAAAAGAUAUGACAUUGAAAAUAAUUGUUUUAAUUCCAAGGUAAUUUGUUCCUCUUCCUUGGGAGCUGAAAUUCCAGAGUGGUUCAACAUUAGAAGUUUUGGUUCUCAUGUAACACUUCAAAUCUAUCCAGACUUGGAUAAUAACAUGAGUAAGUGGGCGGGAUAUCUUCAUUUUACUACUUAUGAAGUUGAUGAGCUUGGGAAUACAAAUCCAAGGAUUUUCAAGGGCAGUUAUCCUGAUCACCAGUUUGUUGAGUUUGUUUAUCAUUUUGAGACUAACGAAGGUCCUCUAAAGGAACCCUUAGUCCUUCGUGCCCCUGUAGACCCUUCUAUAGGGCCAUUUGGGUUUGGGGUGUUUGUACCAGCCAAGUGGUUUUCGGAGCAAUCCAAUAAUUUGGAUGGAUGGAGCUACAUUGGAGCAUCAAUUAAAACGUGUAGCUCGAACGUGAAGGUGAAAGAGUGCGGGGUGCGCCUUAUAUGUCAACAUCCUAAUUCUGAAUCUUUUAAUACCAUUAUUCCUUAUGGUUUAGAUUUAGAAAUAAAGCAUCAUCUUUCUUGUUCUUUUGAAAUGGGUAGUCAUAUUGUUGUACCUAUUCGUUUCUAGGUAAUCAAAAUAAGGCAUAGUAAGGGAAAUAAAAUAUGUGAGGUGGGUCAUUACUCCAGGCCAAGUUGUUUAAAUGGAUGCAAUUUAUGUAUAUAUUGAGACUUCAUCAAUUAUUAAUGCUAGGGAUUGGACAAGACGUUUGAGAAUGCA